UCACAAAUGUCAAUGUUUGUAAUUGUAAUCUAAAUAUUUGAUCAAAUGUGACCCAUGUUAAGAAGUUUUAUCAGUUCUAAUAAGUGGUUGUUAUCAGCACUCCAACAAACCAAGUUGGGAUAUCCUGGACUAAAGGUAUUGUCUGUUGUUUAUACGCGUUUUUUGGGUUUUCAUAAGAUGUCCGGAGAAAAUGUUGACUUAUUUUAUAAUACUGUAUUGAAUUUAACAGAACAGGCUGGCAAGAUCAUCAAGGAAAACAUAUCUUCAAGACAUAAAAAUAUUAAUUUCAAGUCAUCCAAUAUAGAUAUGGUAACAGAAACCGAUCAAGCAGUAGAAAAAUUAUUCAUUGAUAGCCUUUCCAAAGAAUUUCCUGAUCAUAAGUUCAUUGGGGAAGAAUCAUCAUCUACUGACCAACAAGAACUAACAAAUGAUCCCACAUGGGUCAUAGAUCCUGUUGAUGGAACAAUGAAUUUUGUUCACACCUUUCCCCAUUCUUGUAUUUCAAUAGCACUAUUCAUUGAGAAAGAACCUGUGAUUGGAAUCAUUUUCAAUCCUAUGUUGAGUCAACUGUUCACUGCAAGGAAAGGACAGGGUGCCUUUCUUAAUGGUGAACGUAUUUCAGUAUCAGACAAAACAUCACUAUCAGAUGCUCUGAUUAUGAUGGAGUUUGGUACAAGUAGGCAUCCUGAAAGAUUGAGAAACUGUCUGGAGAACCAACAAAAAUUGAUGCCUCAUGUCCAUGGGUUAAGGGCACUAGGUUCUGCUGCCUUAGACAUGGCAAUGGUAGCUUGUGGUGCAGCAGAUGCAUAUUUUGAAUUUGGUAUUCACAUUUGGGACAUUGCAGCUGGUGAACUGAUUGUAAGAGAAGCUGGUGGGGUCAUAAUUGACCCUGCAGGUGGUAAAAUUGAGCGAUUCUCUAGGAGAGUUCUUGUAGCUAGUUCUCAAGAGCUAGCAGAAAAGUUGUCUCAGCAACUGACACAAUUGUAUCCCCUUGAAUUAGAAAAAUGAAGAAUAGGUAAGAGACUUUUGAAAACUAGUCCCUGUCUUUUGCAGCCUUCAAAUUCAUAGGAUAAUGUACAGAACAAAUACUGAAAGGACUGUAACAAUUCAAUCUCAAAAUUAUUUAGUUUUAUUUCAAAAAUGUUUCACAUUUUUAAUUGACUAACUAUAAUAAUUAGAUAAACAUAACUCAAAGAAACAUAGAAAAUGUGAAUAAAAAUUAUUACUUGAGUGACUUUUCUUUCCAGUACAAUAUUAUUUUUGGAUCAGUUCUCAAAGUUUCAGGAUAUGCUGAAGAUGCAAAAAAUAUGGAAAAGCCAUUAUAUCUUUAUAGUUACCUGAUGAGAAUCUUAAUUUUAGUUCAGUUCUGAAAUUCAAAUGUGCUUUCAUUCUAUUCCACAUGGUAGCAUUAAUCAGGUUUCUUCUCAAAAUUGUAUGACUUCUAACCAAUUUUGCUAGUGAAACCUCACAUUUAAUUUUAGUCUAAUAGAUAUGACCUCAUCAGAGUGACAUAACCUUCCUUUAUGUACACAAACACUCAGGAUACAUACAGAUUACAAUGAUACAAAUCAUUUGUGUAAUGUGUAAGUUAUAUGGGAGAAAAUUUUUGUUAUUUUCAUCAUAAAAUUGUAUAUCAACAUAGCUAGUUUGUCAAUAUAUAUGUAUAUAUACAAAUGAU